AUGGCCAGGCAUACAGCCCUUCUUGGCCCCACAACCCUUGACGCAAGGCCACCUAAGAUUAUCGCGCUCCGAUUUGUAAAUCGCGAGAGAGAAGAGAACCUGGGCGAGGAGUACCUUGUCCGGGUGAACCCUAAAGGUCAGGUGCCGGCCAUGACAGGCAACGUGCUUGAGCAACCUCUGACCGACAGCGAGUCUAUCUCACUCCACCUGGCCGAGAAACACUACCCGUCCAUGCUACCGAUACAGCAUGCAGCUGUCAUCAGGGGCCUUCUCGACCAGUUCCAUUCCAUCCAUGGUCAAUCGUUCAGCAACAAAAGACCGACAGCCGCGAUGGUGCAGCAUAACCCUUCGCCUGUGGAGGGCUUUCUCAAGAGGACCGAUCUCAGCCCAGAAUACCGCAGAGCUCUUGAGACCAAACUUUUAUUUCACAAUGAGAACAAUGGCGUGGCUUUCCACCCCGAUGUCGUGGCCAAAGCCAAAACAGAUCUGCAGGCCAUCUUCGCAGAAAUUGUAGAGCAGCGCAGGCAGAAUGGCACCUAUGGACGUUCUGAUGAAUGGAUAUUUGGAAGCAAGGUUGGCCCGACCGUGCUUGACAGCCAUUUACUUCCGCUCGUGUUGCGCUGCGUCGACGCCGAAAAUUCGGAGCUCGUACCCGAGGAGCUGCAGCACUGGGCCACGGACAAGGCCAAAAGCCCGGCGUGGCAAAAGGUCAUGCAUGGCAGGCCAACGCGGUGGGAUGAGUCGAUGGGCCGCAUCGAGGACAUGGAAGACAUGAGAUCCUGGUAA